CCGGUAUUUAGUAAGGUUUUGAAGACCUUGCAACUUCAAAAUGGAUUUUCAGUUAAAUGUAUAGUUUAAUAUGUAUUUUGUUGAGAAUAAUCCCUUGAGGACAGUUUAAGUAGCCCAUUGCUAUUUUAAAGACAUCAGUCAGUGGGAGGCGUAAUAGCAUUCUAUUCUUUUUGUCAGAGGAAUUUGUUUCCCCCAACAUCUCUUGACAGCAGCACCACCACGGUUGUUGGCGAGUGAGUAAGCGACGGGUGAGAAAGGUGUAUGCAAGAAAGAGGUGAAGAUAGCAAAGUCCUGCUAAUGAAGGCUUCGUUGAAUUGUGUUUGCGCGUCAACAUGUUCAACAUGUACUUUAUCGCAGAAGUGACAUUCUUCGCUUCGACUCACCACUCCUUAAGGAAGUCAUGACUUAAUUUUUAUGUCGCACUGUCACAUGGAUACACAAACUUUAGACCCAAGACAUUCCCACACUGCACUUUUGGUCCUCGUGAACAUUUUCAGUUAAAUGUAUAGUUUAAUAUGUAUUUUGUUGAGAAUAAUCCCUUGAGGACAGUUUAAGUAGCCCAUUGCUAUUUUAAAGACAUCAGUCAGUGGGAGGCGUAAUAGCAUUCUAUUCUUUUUGUCAGAGGAAUUUGUUUCCCCCAACAUCUCUUGACAGCAACACCACCACGGUUGUUGGCGAGUGAGUAAGCGACGGGUGAGAAAGGUGUAUGCAAGAAAGAGGUGAAGAUAGCAAAGUCCUGCUAAUGAAGGCUUCGUUGAAUUGUGUUUGCGCGUCAACAUGUUCAACAUGUACUUUAUCGCAGAAGUGACAUUCUUCGCUUCGACUCACCACUCCUUAAGGAAGUCAUGACUUAAUUUUUAUGUCGCACUGUCACAUGGAUACACAAACUUUAGACCCAAGACAUUCCCACACAGCACUUUUGGUCCUCGUGAACACAUUGGUCAUAUCCCAUGCGUGUAAGCAUUAGCCUACCGAAUCGUAGUCUUUUUGCUAUUUUUUUGUUUGUUUGUGUUGGACAAUGUCUUCAGGUGGGCAAGCUAAAAGCCAUAAGAGACCAAAGUUGGACCUAAAAUGUCUUCAGAGAUUUUGCAGCAUCCAAAGGAUCCUUUUCCCAUGUUGGUCCAGUCAGAAUGUCCACAUGUUUGUGACCCUGCUUGGUGUUACUCUUUUAGAACAGCUAGUCAUUUACCAAGUGGGCAUCAUCCCCAGUCAGUUCUAUAAUGUUCUAUCAGAAAAGAACUUUGAGACAUUUAAAUCAUUGGCUUUUUUCGCAAUUCUGCUGAUCCUGAUUAACUCAUCAUUGAAGAGUCUAGACCAGUAUAUCUGUAAUCGGUUGUAUGUAAACUGGAGAAACUCAUUAACUGAGUGCCUUCAUAAGGAGUAUUUCCAUGGAAGGGUCUACUACACUCUUAAUGUGCUGAGAAAGGAUGUCGAUAACCCGGACCAGCGGAUCAGCCAGGAUGCUGAACGUCUGUGUAAGCAAAUGAGCACCAUUGCCAGCCGAGUCCUCAUAUCGCCCUUCACCCUAGCCUACUACACGUACCAGUGCUACAACAGCACGGGCUGGAUUGGCCUGGGCAGCAUCUUUGGCUACUUUGUCGUUGGAACCAUAGCCAACAAAGUUUUGAUGGGGCCCAUAGUCUCCACGUUGGUUGAACAAGAGAAGUUAGAGGGGGACUUUAGGUUCAAACAUAUGCAGAUUCGAGUAAAUGCAGAAUCUAUAGCCUUCUACAGGGCAGGGAAAGUUGAGCACAUUCGAACUGACAACAGACUUCAGGCCCUUGUACAGACCCAGAAGAGUCUCAUGAACAAGGAACUUUGGCUUUACAUUGGAGUCAACACCUUUGACUACAUGGGGAGCAUUCUCAGCUACAUAGUAAUUGCCAUCCCUAUCUUUACCGGCGUGUAUGAAGGGCUUACACCUGGUGAACUCAGUGCCCUCAUCAGCAGGAAUGCCUUUGUCUGUAUCUACUUGAUUAAUUGCUUUACACAGCUAAUAGAUUUGUCUACUACACUCUCUGACGUUGCUGGCUACACUCACAGGAUUGGGGAGCUGAGGGAGGUGAUGGAGGAGAUGGGUAGGAAGCAGUGUGAUUAUGACCCUGUGUCAGGGGAGACAUACGAGUUUGACAGUGCACUUGAGAUGCGAGACGGAUCCAUGGACACAGCCUUCAUCCUGGAUAAGCUGAGCUAUAAGUCUCCCUUUUCAGAGGAGCUGCUCGUGGAGGACCUCAGCCUGCGGGUCUGCCAAGGUUCCCACCUGCUCGUGGUGGGCAACACAGGCACAGGGAAGAGCUCCUUGCUCCGGGUCCUCAACAGACUCUGGGAGGCAACUAGCGGUUCCGUGGAGAUGCGGACGUGCUUUGGGCCGAGGGGACUCAUGUUUCUGUCUCAGAAGCCCUAUCUGACAGAUGGGACCCUGAGAGAGCAGGUGAUUUACCCCCUGAAGGACAUUUAUCCAGUUAAAGGAGCCAUAGAUGAUGAAAGAAUCACACAAUACCUUGAACUGGCUGGAGUGUCCAGUCUCCUGAAGCGAACGGGUGGGCUGGAUGAAGGAGUGGAAUUGAACUGGUAUGAUGCUUUGUCACCAGGGGAGAUGCAGAGGCUUUGCUUCGCACGGCUGUUCUAUCUGCAGCCAAAGUAUGCAGUGUUGGAUGAAGCAACCAGUGCUUUGACAGAGGAGGCCGAAGACCAGCUUUACCGCACCUGUAAACAGCUGGGCAUGACUCUCAUAAGUCUCGGCCAUCGGAGAAGUCUUGAAAAGUACCACGACCUGAUGUUGCGGCUUUGUGGUGGUGGCCGCUGGGAGCUUGCCAAGCUGAAAGAGGAUUGACUACAUGUACACUGACCCCGCAGACUGCAUUCAGUCAUAAAAAUGCCUUGCAAAUAUUGCAUGGAUUUUUUUUCUUGUUUUGAUUACAAUUAUGUUUAUGUGAUUUACAAAUAAAGUUGACCGCUCAAUUUCGUAAUCUGUUAA